GCACAUCACUUAGAAAUUCCAAUGGAGUCCGACUAUGUAGUGCGGUUUGCCCAAAUUGAUGAUUUUGGAUCUAUUAUUCAGUUACUGCAGUCACCAGACAUUAAGUGGUUCGGCAAUAUCCGUCCAAAGUACAAUGCCAAAGACAAUAUUUUUAAAACUUAUCAAACACAUCGGUUGGUUGUCCUAAAGAAUGAGGCGAGUACCGGAGUCAUAGCUUAUGCCGAGGUCCGGGACUAUCCACCUCUCGGCGCGCUACCCAACGAUGCUUGGCUUAAAUGGAUGAACUAUAGAUAUUGCUUAACCUUUACCGUUAAUACUUUAAACACGCUCUUCCUAAAUUUUGGAGCCUACAAAAGCGACCAUCCACUCACGAUAAGGGCCAUUUUAAAGGAAGUUUUCUAUACCGAGAACAAGGUUCUAUAUCUUAUGACGGUUAAAAUGCCAAAGACGCCACAGCACAAGUAUUACUAUGAAAGUUUUUCGGAUUUGAAGCCCUACGCUAGAGUGCUCUAUCCACGUGAAUUCGAUCUCGAAAACAACCCAGUCACACAAUCUCUAUAUGUUGUUUAUCGGUACGAUAUACUACCAAAAAUAAACUACAGAAAGGCUCUAGCUGAGGACAAUGACGACAUUAUCGAAAUACAAGAAGCGGAGCUACCCGAGAUCCGAGCUGAGCUUGGGGAUUAUUAUAUAGCUGAAGAGCUGAUGCGACAAGACGAGGCCGCGCACAAGACAUUUAUAAUUGUUGCCGAAAUUGAAAACAUAAGUAAAGAAUUCCAGACUGGUGGAUUUAUCUGGCUUUCAACGGACAUUGACAUAAAAUAUUUCGUCAAGAAUUACGAAGUCGAACACUUUGGUAAUUUGGUCAAUUUCACUGAGACCGAGCCCUAUGCUCUAGACCACUUUAUCGUCUCAACUAGCCAACCAAAAGCCGAGAUCAGUCUGUUCACCUUGGAAGCACUUGAUGAUCUGCAUGCUACGACCAUUUUAGGCGGCUUACAUAGGAAUGACAGUGGGAUCAGUGUGGCGAGUCUUGGAAAAGUGAAGGUCAGUUCUUUGGCCGGCAUGGUUGUCUGUGAUGAUAAGUAUUAUGUGCGGGAAGGCAUAUUCAUCAAAUUCUACCACAUAGUCGAUCAUCUUCUCAGUAAUGGCUAUUACCUGAACGAGGAUGUAAAAGUCAUCGAUUUCUGUUACAAUGUGGCGCCCGAUCUUUCCAUACUAGAGGAUUCUGCCAAUGUAUUCAUGCUGAAAUAUAUCGGUAUUCACUCGGAUUACCCGGUGAAGCGUUUGUUUAAUUUUCUGAUUUGCGCAUUUUGCGCUUUCCCUGAACGCGAUUACUGCAUAAUGACUUUACCAAAAGGCGGUACCUCUGUGCGUAGUCAUGCGGAGGUGCUUAAAUAUUUUAUGCCUGUGGCCCAACGACCCAGCGAAGUUACCAAUUUGGAUCAGCUGUAUAUAACACAUCGGAGUAUUAUUCACGGAGAUGUCAGUGUGUAUCGCAUUGAACCCACUGAUGUCCAAAUGAUACAGAAGUUUGCCUUAGAUGGGUACUCACCAGAAAUAAACUCGGUCGGAAGUAGUACGUCAUAUGCAUCGAAAAUUAAUGAAUAUGGCUAUGUUGAGCGGGAGUAUAAACUUCUAAAUCAGAUUAUGAACAGUGUCCUGUAUCAUCACCAUAGCGAGUUCUCCAUUUGGACUAUUCGUUGUGGCGACUCCACAAAACCGGCCAGCGAGAAUACACUGAUUGGAUUUGUGGUGUUGAAGUUAUUCAGGAACCGUCACCAGCUAUAUCACCAUUAUCAUGUGCCCAAAUACGACACUCACCAGAGUCACGAGUGCGCCGAGAUUAUAACGCUGAGGCUGCAUCCGUUGUUCAGGAUUUGGUCGGACAUUAUAUUUCGGGACUUGGCAUCCAAAACCAACUAUCAUGAUUUCUUUUAUAUCUCAUCCAGACGAAACACAACCUUUUCGAACGAGCUAAAGACAUACAUGAUGCUCGUUGAGCCGAAUCCGAAGAAGAAGUGUUCGGUUCCGUGCAGUGCGGACGAAUGCGAUAAAAUGCCUCUGUCUAAAAUCAAAUUGCCGCAGCAUAACUUUUACACAGACCAUUUAAUAUUGUUUCGCCACAAGUUGAAGCCUUCAAAAUGGUUUGGUAACACAAAUAAGUUGGUCAUGAUUGGUUUUACGGAACACACGAAAGCAUUUUUGCGUCAAUUGGCAUUCCAAUGGGACUCCAAAGAUCAUAAGAACUCGGAGACUUUUACUUGCCUAACUCGAAUUCAAGUCACUGUGAUUUCAAUGCCGGGCUUGGUUGAGGCUGAAUACGACAAUAUGUUUCGUUGUCCCUUUUGCAAGGAUAUGUACAACUGUUACUUGAACUACCAGAAUAGCUCCUGCUAUAUUCGAGAUGUCAUAUUACGGAUGGAUCUACGUUUGUGGGUGCAUUUUGUUCCUGGGCAUGUGAUCUUUAUUGACAAAGAAAAGAAAUUCGUGAGACUCCGGAACUCUUGCGAGAUUUAUUACGACACUCUGAUAAUGACGUGCCACAAAAACUAUUCGCUGAACGUUGAUAGUCCGGUUGAUUAUAAAGGACGGCUUCCUUCAAAUUACGUUGAAGUAAAUUUUCGUAUCGAUAAGUUCCUCUUGUUUUACAAAUGUCGCGUACUUCUGGAAGACAUGCAGAACUCUUUUAUAAUACUAAUUUAUGGCAAUGACUUACAAACCUAUGAAUGUAUUCAGUUUCUGACCACACAUGGCAUUUCCUCCAAACGCAUUAUACUCGCGAUGCCUCAUGAAGUUACUGGAGUUGAUGCGGAGGACAAAUUGAGAAGUCCAUACAAAGAUAAGAACAUACAAUACAUACUGGAGGACAUGGUCAGGGAUUCUGGUGUUACCGUUUACAACAAUCUCAAUUUUGUGGAAUGGACUCAUCAUAUUUCAGGGCACUUUAUAAUGGAAGUUGUAUUCGAAAGUUUUCCGAGUCACGAUCGAUUCAACAUUGACUGCGACAUAUUCAUCUCGUUUGCUACUUGCGGACACAUUGGCUAUUUUUCAAAACCAUGGAUAGUUGCGUCCGACAUCGAAAUGCACAACGGCUGCAUAGUAGUGGAUGAGAACUUCAGAACAAAUGAUCCAAAUAUUUAUGCGGUUGGCAGACACAUUGAAAUAAGGGGAAAACCCAAUUACCAGUAUAAGUAUACAAGUGAGCGGGAAACAGCACGGAAGCUAAUGCAAAUACUAAAGCUUGGAUUUUGUGAAAAGCGAGUGGAGCACAAAUUUUCGGAGCCCCUUUACUUCCAAGCACAACUACCAUUCAAUUACUACAUAACCAAGGUGACCAUGCCCCGACGCUACUUAUCAACCCAACUAUCAACCGAUAUGAGCUGUUCCCUAACUACCUAUUCGAAGAAAAAUUUUUGUCGCGUAACUUUGUCCCGAAAUUCGAUUGUAGAGGAAAUUGUUGUCAUAACAAAUGAUGAUACAAGACUAGAUCAUUUGGAGCACUUCGUUGGUAAACAUGAGUCCCUGUUGAAUAACCUAAAGGCGCGUUAUGCAGCAGGUGCCCUUAAAUGUUUUCUAAAAUUCUUUAAAGAGCCUUGGACGGAGCUGAUAAUGCACGAGGACUUUGAGGAUUUGCAAGUUCAAAAUUACAAUAUGUUGAGACCGACUGUGCUGGCGCACCAGAUCAAAACGGUCAAAGAUAUAACCGAUCACGAAUUCUUUAAAAUGAAUAAAGGCAAUUUGGAGGAAGGUCUACUCAAUUUUCUGCGGAAGCGACGUACAGAUUUUCAUCAUCCAUUCGCUUUGCCAGAGGAUUACUUAGAUAUGUUCCAAACGGAAUAAAACCACACGCAUGUGUAUUUAGCCUUGCAUUUUGUAAACUUUUCUAUAUACUUGUAAAUGAAAUAAAAAUGAAAUCAUAGUA